UUUAGAAAUAACCAGUAGUGGGAGAGAUUUCCGAGGUUCAUUCUCUCUCCGGCACAAGUUGAUUUACGUUUACGUAAUUAACCGUCGACUUUUUAAUCUGCUUGUGUUUUUAUUUUAACAAUUGAAUUAAAAACUAGUUUGGGGUCAUUGUUGUGAUUGUUGGCAAUUGUUUGAUUACUUUCUUUACAAUCAUUCAUUGAUAUUUUUAUAAAAAUGAGCGAUGAAAAAAAUACAAACCUUACAAAAUUUUGUGAUAAUGAAUUACAAAAUGGUGGGAUUCAAAACUACAAGGCGUUUAUUUAUGAUGUAACAAUAAAAAUUUUAUUUGACGGCGAAUCAAUUAAAAGUUUUUACGACGUCAAUGAGGCGUCAAUGGCUACCAUUAUCGGACAAAUAAUUCAUAAAUAUAAAAAAUGGGGUGUAGCGAGUGAAAUAAUAAUGAUCGAUUUAAUAAAACGGGCUGAAAAAUUGCGACCUAAUCGAGGAUCUGCUUUAAAUAAACCACCCCCGCCACUGAAAUGGGAGACAAUUCUUCAUGCUAAAGGAUAUUACUGCGGAAAAGAAGUCAUUGGAGAACUUCCUAUUGUUUACGAUUGUCUUUCAUAUAUGGGAUUGAUGGAACCACUAAAAUCUCCGUUGAUACCAGAGCCGAAACACUAUUCGAUGGUAUUGAAUUACUCGGCAACAUUUUUUUUAAGUCCCGCAUUGCAAGUCGCCAAACCAUACUAUCAAGCCCGCGGAUUCAUUCAUCAAAAUGCACCAGCUUCAAAUAUUGACUUUCGUAAAUUUUGCAAUGCUAUUGAUUAUGAAAAUCCUUAUAAUAAUGAUAAAGUAUGGGAAGCAUCAUUGAAACAAAUUUUAAUUUUGAAAAAUUUAAAAUCUGGACUUAAUUUUUAAUGACUUUUUUUUACGUCAUUUAUUUUUGUACUUAAUUACUAUUUAAUAUAGAGUAUAAAUGCACAGAAAAAACGGAUUUCUUGGCACAAGAAUUAUUUUGUAUAACAAAAAUUUUCUCAAAACUAAAAAAAGUCCAAGUAUUGGCGCAAGAAAUUUUUUUUUACAAAAAAUUUUUCUCUUCAUGAUGCAAAAUUUUUUUUGGGACGAGUAAAAAUUUUUGUGCCAAGAAAUCCUUUUUUUUUUCUGUGACAAAGAUGAUUUUUAAUGAAACUUUUUAAAACAGAAAUUUAAAGACGAAAAGUGUUUGAAUAAUAAAAUUUAUUGCCAGUUCAACAUAAAAAUAUUUAACAAUAUACUAGUACUUAUUAUUUUUAUGACUAGAAGCUAAAGUACUCUAAUAUUAAAGUACUCAAAAAAAGAGGAAUUCUUGGUGUAAAAAGUUUAUUUCAUGAAGAAAUACUUUUUUUCUAUAUAUGGUACCUUUACACUCAUACUUUAAGUAAAAUAUUAUAAAUUAAUAAUAAUUUUUAUAGUCUAUUAUUAUUAUCAUUUAUUUUAUUAAGAGAUUAUUCUAAAGUUUUUUGUUCUCUUUUAUUUCAUUCUGAAAAAAAAAAAAAA